UGGGGGUGGGAGAACUUUCUCUGUAAAUAAGAUGGCCGUGAUUUGAAGGAAUGCGAAUGCUCAAGUGAGUCGCCGAGACGAAGUUGGCGUUGACUGCUUGAAUUACCUGAUGGUUGAGGCGGAAGAGUAAUUUGGUGUGAAAUGCAAGUUUCUGGAGAACAAAAAAGUGGACGACAGUCAAUCAUUCAUGGACAGCAAGUAAAUCCUUUUCUGAGUGCAGUACCUGUAUGUCCUUGGCAAAACUACAGUAUCUUAAGGAUGAAAGAGUUGAAAGAUAAAGGUAUGUGAGGCCCGUUCUAUUGCUAUUUAAUUCAACCCAUACCGAUCUCCAUGAUGGGGUGGACAGGGGGUGCAGUUUACCAUAGUAGCGACACCUUUUUAACACAUUGUGCUAUGCGACGUGCAGUGUGUUGGCAUCUACCGUACGUGGCUAAGCGCUGCACAGGGAGUCUGCGCCGGAGUUUGGGGGGACAGUAUUGAUCCGUGGUUAGGGUACCACGCCCGCGAAUUUAUUGCCGGUGAACUUGCUGAGAUUUGAAUUUCCAGGUUGAGCGUCCCAAAUACUCUAUAUUCCGAACAAGGUAUCAGACAUCGGCCAAGGAAAUCUAAAUAGUGUCUUGCGAAUGCCAAUAUUGCUCGUGAUUGCCUUAUGCGUUGCGUGAAGGCGUGAGGCAGUUUCUCUGCGCAUAAUUUGCCGUCAGCUUCAUGAGAAAUCAGAAAGUUCUGGGGCCCAAGGCAGAUUUCCAAUGGAUCGUUUCGUCAUCCGUUUACCGAAAGGAUCUGAUGUUCCAAAGCCGAAAAUAAGCAAGUUUAGGCAAACGAGAAUUGAAGAUCUUGCCGGAGUAAUCAAAUUAAAGGAAAUAGAGCGUUGUAAAACGUUGGCUGCCAAUCCAGAUUCUGAUCCCGCGCAAUUGCUCCGCUGUCUUCAUUGUUUCCUUAAUAAAAGACCGGCUGCUGAAAUCAUAAAGAAGACUGAAAUAGGGCCCGUAAUCAUGAGCCUUAGAAAACAUUCUGAUGAACGAGUAGCCUCGGUCGCCACUGAAGUGUACAAGUCUUGGAAGAAACAUGCGUUGAGAAGUGCGAAUCGUCCGAAACUCGACGUGGAAUACGAUGAAAAAACAUGUGUAAUGCGGGAGAAAGCAAUCACGUUGCUGAAAGACUCCUUGAAAACAGAGGAUGAAGUGAUAGUCUCGUCAAUGGAGGCAGAAAUUUUUCGGUCGACGAAUAGCAUCCUGAAUAAAGAAUAUAAGCGCCGUGUCCGCAAACUUGUGUUUGCUCUGAAGCAUGACCAAGAAUUCUGUGAUUCUGUCAAAUCUGGCGCCCUCAGUCCCGCAGUGGCGGCCUUGAUGCGCUCGUCGUCCUGAUAUUCACAUCCGGACGAGAUUCUCUUUUCGUACCUCUGUUACUGAGCAUCCGGAGGCUGACCUGGAAUUUUUUCGUCCGGGCACGAUCCGGAAGCUCAUUUUGUUCCUGCCGAUGAAUUCCAUUCGAAGUUUGCACGUUCGUUUAAUAAAUGACAUGACUUCGUUGCACA